AGCAAGGCAGGGGCGGGGCUUAAAAGAAGAACAGUCCAAUCAUCAUCUGCGGCACUCUAUUUAAGGAUUUUAUGAGCGGCUCAAACUAAUUAUUGCCAUCUGCACUUUCAAGAGAAUCUGUUCUGUCAUCUGUGGCCUAAUUUCCUUGUGUUUAUGUGUACAGCAGGAGUCUGAUGAACUGCCUUUACUGUGGGCAAAGUGGAUUUCAGCCAGCUAUAGUUUUCCUCGUUGUGUUUGCUUUGGACAGUACCGGUUGUUCACAUAGGAAUGAUUUAUUUCCAAACUCGAUCCCCUCUACUUUACGAGCCACAAUUUAGGAUUGUGUAGGAAUCAAUCUAGUAAUAAAUCUGAGGUUGUGAUGUCAGCCUUUGAUGGCGCUUUUCCAGCUCACCGCUCGACUACAGCCGGAAAAAGGAGAAAAUCUCAGAACACAAUACUCAGCGUUUUCCAGAAAUCCACUUUCCUCUCCCUCAGCAUACGCUCGCUUUGCUGGAGCUCCGCUAAAAAUUCACAAGAUUUGUAACCCCUGGAGAAGCCCCACAGGGUCACUUCCUGCUCUCAGGACCAAAGAUGAAGGCAGCUGCUCCCAACCCAGUCAGAUCAUCAUUCAGUUGAGGAAACAGAAAUACAAUGCAGACUUUGAUCUCUCGGCCAAAGAGGGCGCAGACACGCUGGCCUUCAUCUCACUGCUGGAGGAGCGGCUGUUACCUGCACUGAUCUAUGCUUUGUGGAUCGAUCCUAAAAACUAUGUGGAGGUGACGCGCCGCUGGCAUGGAGAGAAUAUGUCCUUCCCGCUCAACUUCUUCCAGCCGGGCCGCAUGCAGAACAGGCAGCUUGAGCGACUCCGCCUGAUCCGGGGAAACAGUUCGCUGGAGGCGGGAGAAGAGGCAGAGAAGGAGCUUUACCACGAUGCUCUGGAGUGCCUCAAUCUUCUCUCUCAGCGCCUGGGACCGAACAAGUUUUUCUUUGGCGAUUCGCCCUCUUCUCUAGAUGCAUAUGUCUUUGGUCAUCUAGCUCCACUUAUUAAGAUCCGUCUGCCUAACUGCCAACUGCAGCAGAACUUGAAGAAUCUGGACAACUUGAACACAUUUUGCUGUAACAUCCUGAGCUUGUACUUCCCCAGCGAGAAUAAAGAGGGCGUCAAUCGUCCGAUGUCCAGCACACAGCAGGGGAGCGACUUUGACAACGAGCCAUACAAGAGACGCAAGCAGCUGCUGUCAGUGCUGGUCGCAGUCGCAGCGAUGCUGAGCUACGCUCUCUUCACCGGCAUAGUAGCUAUUGAGCAUGUGCAGGAGGAGAAGCCCAUAGGCCCCGCCUCACUCAGAGGCCCCUCCCAUGAGGAAGAGGAGGACUGAAUAAGGAUGGUGGAAGAAAACACAGGAACAACAUAUUGUUGGGGGUUCAUGUAUUAUUUAUUCCUUGAGCUUUAAUUGCAUGAUAAUCUUUGGUUUUAUAUCUUAUUUUUUCCAUAGAGCUGCACUCGUUGUUUUUAUCUUUUUGACUGGGUACAUUCACCUGUGUUUUCUUUUCUUGUACCGAAAAAAUAACUGUUUAUGGCUACAAAUGUUAAGCUAGGUUUAGCGGAGAAAGCACUUAAAACUUCAACGUGGUCACCAAACACAUCGUUCAUUGUGGACCAAAACAUGGCUUUAUGAUAAUGAGAUUAACAUCUCUUAUGUGCUAUUGCCUUAUUUGAUGCUCUGUGUUUUUCUUUUAAUACAUUUUAUUUGCACUCCUGUGUUUUUCUGCUCUGCUGUCAGUACUGGUCUGCUGUUAUACACUUCAGAGAGAUUAAUAUUUAUGUUAAUGUGAUGAUCCUAUUGAGUGAAAUAGGAAAUUACCAGAAUUUUAUGACUUAAAUCAACAAAAACAUAUCAUUUAUUCUACUUCAUGUCUCAUUCCAAACCUGUGCAACUUGGUUUCUCAUGUGAAAUAGAAAA